AAAUGUCAAAACACAAUGCUAUGAGACAUGCGCGUGAGAUAACUCGGUGUAGCGCGGCAGUAGCUCACGAUGUCGGCGCGGGACGAGAAAGGUUUCGUGGACUUGGACACUAUCCUGGUGGAGGAGAUCGGCCAGUUCGGGAAGUUCCAGCUGCGCACACUGCUGCUCACCGUCAUCGUGGUCAUCUUCGCAGCCUUCCACGCGGAGUAUGUGUUCACUACCGCGAGGAUUGAGUCCAGGUGUUUGAUCCCGGAGUGCGAUGGCGAGGAGCCGGAGUUUACUCCAGCGUGGCUCAGUAAGGCGGUGCCCACGACGGAGGACUCGUUCGACAACUGCCACCGGUUCGGCAACACGACCGCCCUGCCGCGGGCCGACACCUGCCCUGCUGAGCUUUUCGACAGGAACAAGGUGCUGCGCUGCGACCAGUAUGUGUACCAGAACCAGCUCAGUGUCGUAUACGACUAUGACUUGGCAUGUGACGAGUGGCGUCGCUCGCUGAUCGGGUUCGUGCGUACGUUCGGCACCCUGACGGCGCUCCCCAUCACCGGCUACAUCUCCGACCGCUGGGGGCGGCGCGUCGCGCUAUCUAUCAAUGCUUUCAACACUGGCUGGAUCGGAGUCACCAGGUACUGGGCCGACACAUACCUCGGCUUCAUGAUCUCAGAAUUUGUGGAAGCAACCUUCGGUGCUGGAGUCUUCUCAUGUAUUUAUAUUUUGGUUCUGGAGCUCGUUGGCCCGAAAUACCGAGUUAUCGCUGGAGCCAUUCUAAACACAUUCUUUGCAGUGGGGCAGGUGAUCAUGGGGCUCAUAGCCUGGGCAGUGCCUGCAUGGAGACCUCUCACCCUGGCUCUCUACAUACCACAGCUGUUCACUAUCGCUUACUUCUGGAUCGUGCCGGAGUCUGUACGCUGGUAUAUGAGUAAGAGUAGAUACGAGGAGUCAGAGGCUCUGCUCAAAGAGGUUGCGAGGAUGAACAAAAAGCAGUUGUCAGAGAAAUCUUUACAGGCGUUGAGAGACAGCGCUGAGUUGAAGAAGCAGAGUGAGGCUCAGAGGAAGGAGCAGAAUAUCCGCGAGCCUUGGCUGGUCGUGAAGGUAUUCCAGCACAAGCGGGUGCUGUUCCGAUGCUUCGUGUCUCCAUUGUGGUGGAUCAGUAUGACGCUCAUCUACUACGGACUAUCCAUUAACGCAGUGAACAUGUCUGGCAACGUGUACGUGAACUACAUGGCGGUGUCUGCGGCUGAGAUCCCAGGGUUCUGGAUAGCCGUGCUGUUGAUGCCCAUCAUCGGAAGGAAGCCGGUGCUCAUAGCGGGCUUCUGGCUGUGUGCAACGUGUCAAGUGGCGUAUAUGCUGAUGCCUAGUGACAUGUUCGGGCUGUCACUCACGGUGUACCUUAUUGGUAAGAGCAGCAUCUCGGCGGUUGUGACGUCACUGUACAUGUACACGGCGGAGCUGUACCCCACGGAGUGCCGCCACAAUCUGUUCGCGUUCUCCUCGAUGGUGGGCAGGAUCGGGUCCAUCACAGCGCCGCUCACACCAGCUAUUGUAAGCCCUUUACCAAUCAGUUUGAUAUUCACAUUUAUUUCAUCGCCAAAUUCUAACAAGACACAAUAUAAUGUGUGCAUUUAUUUGUUCUUGUUUAACAACAUACUGAUAGCAUAUUACAUCACUGUUUAAGAUAAUAUCCUUACUAUUUUGAAUGUAAUAAAGAUAGUUAUCUUUAGUUUUGUCACGAUGCUGGUUCGAUUUGAAAUAGAUAACCAUUGUUUAUAUGACUUACGGCUAGUUUCUGAAUGUUUAGUGCGUGUGCAGUAAUAGUUUUAGUUUAACCCAAAUAGUAGAUUUUGAAAGUAAUCAUUUUUGUACAGUGUAGUGACGAUAUCAAUAUUGUAUUGCAGGGUGCGCGACGUUUUACAACUUGCCGUUCAUCAUGUUCGCGGUGCUGGCCUUCACGUCGGGAUUCCUGGUGCUGCUGACUCCAGAAACUCUUGGCACUAAGCUGCCAGACACGCUGGAGCAGGCUAACAACCUUGGCACAUCGAAACAACAAAACUACAGUUAGGGAUACCAUGUCUUAGGUCUUCAUUUCUGAGAAGGUCGGAAAAGGGGCUCAUAUAUCGACCAUGUAAACCAACGUUUCAUCAUCUAUUUUACAA